UUUCUCUGUACAUCUGGUUGUUAGUUGUGUAGAUAUGUUCAGGUUAGUUGUGUAGAUAUGUUCAGAUCAAGCAGUGUUGUUGUAGAUGCUCUUGCUGGGUUUCUCCCUAGGCCGCUGCCUUCCAAUGUCGUGCGGCCAGACAGCACCCCGCUGCUGGCUCUUCAUCUCUUCGCCGGCGGUGCAACUCCCGCCGCCGUCGGGACACCCGCGCUGCCGCCUCCCCGUUAGGGCCACACGCGCUUCGACCUCCUCCCGCCUCCCAGCCGGUGGCGGCAGCGCGCGCCAGCAGACCCGGCCGCGCCUCGUAGCAGCACACACGAUACCUCCGCCGCCGCCCCCUACCGCCAGGACCGUCCGGAGGGACGCCGCGACGGGGCUCGCUUUCCUCCUCUUCGUGCUCGGCCUGGUGAUCAGCUCAGCUCUAUCACUAGUUAUCGUCUCAUUUCCAGCAUGGAGAGCUCUGCAGCAGAUGGAAAUCGCAGCUCGUAAAUUGUCAAAAUUAGCAGCACAAGAGGUACCCGGAACUAUAUCGUCACUAAAGCUGUCAUUCAUGGAGAUCAACGAUCUAACCAGCCAACUAAAGAAAAUUAGGCACAUUUUCACAACAAAUAGAUCUGGGAAGGAUAGAUGACUAAUGUGGCAGCAUGAUCACGGACUGAAUUCUUUAAUCUGUAGUGAUGUCUUAGUUCUUACUACUUUGUUAGAUUAUUACUUGUACUUCACCAUGCCCGGCAAGUGUUCAGUGAAAUGACCGUGCUAAA